AACUCAAAAUGCCAUCAAUAAAAAAAACAAGCAAAAAAAGCGACAAUAACUUAAAAUGUAAUAAAGGCUUAACUUGUGGUGUAGUAUCUCCUGGCCCAAAGUAUGGUUUAAAGACAGUAGUUGGUUACAAUAAUCAUUGUGUGUCCAAAAAUCGAAAUCCAGCUUAUACAAUACCAAAGGCUAAACUUAAAGAUGCAAUUUGCCUUGGCCCUGGCCCAAAGUAUUUUUAUAAUUUACCUAGCAUUCCAGGAUAUUCGUUUCCACGCGCUGUUUAUAAAGAUAGAAUAAUCUGCAGUCCAGGGCCCAAAUAUACGUUACCUGGAUUUUGGUCACCAGCUUAUACAUUGUCAGGACGACCUAAAAGCAAAUGCUCCGAGACUAUUGCAGGACCAUAUGCCGCUCCAAAAACUCCACAAGGACCAGCUUAUCCAUUUGGAUUGAAAGGUAAAGAGGACAAAUGUGGAAUUAAUCCACCGAUACGGGAUGUGGGACCAAUAACCCUUAUCAAACCACGAGCACCAACAUAUUAUAUGGUACCUCGACGUCCAAUAAACGAAAUAUGUAGAAGUCCUGGACCAAAAUAUACUUUGCCAAUCGACAAAGCUCCACAAUACAGCUUCGGUAUAAAACAUAAUAAGUGCACAUUGAUUCCAAAAACUGAUUGUGACGAUUUAUGUUAAGUGAUGCAACAGAAACUAAGGAAACAAGCUUAAUUUAUAAAUAAUUAAACUAUUUAAAACAUAAUAU